UUUACGUAUCGUCGUCAUCUCUAUCGUCGUCGACUCCAACCUCGAACCCUGUGGGUCAACCACAACCAUGCUCCGCCACAGGACAAUUCUCGCAUCGACCGUGCUCUCCAUUCUUGUAUUCUACUAUAGCUUACAUUUCAUAUCCUCAGCAGAGACCCCCGUGUCUCACAUCCCCCUGCAGCAUGUCCGCAACAUCACCACCAGCACAAAACCCUUCUUCGCCCCGCCCUUACGGACGGCAGGAAGACAGAUUGUCGACGCCAACGGCCACAGGGUCAAAUUGGCCUCGAUUAAUUGGUACGGUGCGAGUGAUAUCUACUUUGUACCGGGAGGACUAGAUUUUCGACAUCGAGAUGAAAUCGCUGCGACGAUUAAGAAAAUGGGUUUCAAUUCCGUUCGCUUCCCUUAUUCUGAUCAAAUGGUGAUGGAAAAUCCUGUGAUUCCACUCCAGUACAUUUCUGCAAAUUUGGAUCUUCUCGACGAAAACGACUACGACAAGGACAAUACUAGCUUUCCUGUCGAAUCCAAUCAUGGAGAAGAUUUGCGAAGAAAAGCAUCAUCAUCAUCAUCAUCAGCAGAAGCAGGAGCAACAGGUCCACGAGCCCUCGACGUCUUCAACGCAUGCAUCCAAUCCCUCACCAACGCGGGCCUCAUCGUCAUCCCGAACAACCACAUCACCAACGCACACUGGUGCGACGGCCUCAAUCUCUGCGACUCGAGCUGGAAAAACUCCCAGUACGGCCCCAUAUGCAAAAUCCGGCAAACCACCUCCUCCUGGAUCGCGCACUGGGUCACAAUCAUGGCACCCUUCAUCUCCAACCCAUUCGUCAUCGGCGCAGAUUUACGGAACGAGCCUCGAGGAAUUUGGGGCACAAUGCCCUGGUCUUCAUGGGCUUCAGCAGCAGAAGAAGCGAGUGAGGCAUUAUUAACUCUCCAACCGGACUGGUUAAUGUUUGUCGAAGGAGUUUCUUCUGCAAAUGAUUGUUCGGGAGCGAAGAAGAGACCUGUGGAACUUUCCAUCCCGCAUCGAGUCGUGUAUAGUUCGCAUGUGUAUUCGUGGUCGGGAUGGGGUCAUAUUCCGAGUGUGCCGUAUGGAAAACGGCCAUAUGCGUCUUUUGCAGAGGAUAUGAAGCAGAAUUGGGGAUUUUUGUUACACGAGAAUGUGGCGCCCGUGUGGGUGGGGGAGUUUGGGGCUCCGCAGGCGGGGAAUGAGGCUGAUCAUCAUUAUUGGGAGAAUUUGAUGAGGGUGUUGAAGGAGACGGAUGCUGAUUGGGGGUAUUGGGCGCUGAAUCCGAGGAAACCGGAGGGUUAUGAUAAUGAGACGUAUGGAUUGUUGAGGGAUGAUUGGGAGACGGUGGUGGACGAUUGGAGAUUGAAGGAUUUGCGGACGCUGAUGGAGCCUUUACAAUGAUGGGGAGAC